AUGAACCCAUUGGAGAUGCAAAGAAAAGCGCCUCCGCAGAGACAGAAAACCCGCAAUCGAGCAUCAUUGACUCGCCAGGUGAACAAAAUGGUGAUAUCAGAAGAACAGAUGAAGCUGCCAUCCACCAAGGAAGUGGAGCCGCCGACCUGGGCCCAACUAAAGAAGUUGACACAGUUAGCUGAAAAAAGCCUGAAGAAAACAAGGUCUACAGGUGUAUCCAACAGCUCCGAAGAGACAGCAACCAGUGAAAACGGGCCGUGA